GGCGCCGGGCUGCGGCUGGGUUGGGGGGCGUGGAGGCCGUUGGGCGCUCCGGGGGCCCUGGGAGCGGCGUGGGGGGCGCACCCACUGCGGGCGUGCGGAGGUGCAGGGCGCAGUGGCGGCCACCGGGUGAAAGGAGAACCGGGCGGGGGGCGCCGGGCCAGGCUGCAGCAGAGGCUGCCCUGCGCGCGGCGACGCCCCAAGGACUGGAGAGCGAGCGGGUGCAGCUCUGCGCGGGUCCCCUGGAGAGACGCCUCCUCAUAACCCGGCUCACGGCCGCAGGGGCGGCCCACCGCGUCCAGGCGCCCCCGGUCCCUCGGUGCCCUCCAACCGCCGCGCCUCAGACCAUGCCGGUGUCUGACCAGGCGUUCGUCACGCUGGCUACCAAUGACAUCUACUGCCAGGGGGCCCUGGUGCUGGGGCAGAGUCUAAGGAACCACAGGGCGACCCGGAGGCUGGUGGUGCUGGUCACUCCUCAGGUGUCCAGCCUGCUCAGGGUGAUCCUCUCGAGGGUGUUCGAUGAGGUCCUCGAGGUGAAGCAGCUGGACAGCGCCGACGACGUGCACCUGGCGUUUCUGAAGCGACCCGAGCUGGGAGUCACCCUGACCAAGCUGCACUGCUGGACCCUCACGCACUACAGCAAGUGCGUCUUCCUGGAUGCGGAUACCCUGGUCCUGGCCAAUAUCGAUGAGCUGUUCGAUCGGACAGAGUUUUCUGCGGCCCCCGAUCCUGGGUGGCCGGAUUGCUUCAACAGCGGGGUGUUCGUCUUCCAGCCCUCGCUGGAGACGCACGGGCUCCUGCUGCGGCACGCCGCCGACCACGGCAGCUUCGACGGGGCAGACCAAGGCUUGUUGAACAGUUUCUUCAGUAGCUGGUCCACGGCCGACAUCCACAAGCACCUGCCGUUCAUCUAUAACCUGAGUAGCAACACGGCGUACACGUACGGCCCCGCUUUCAGACAAUUCGGCUCCAGGGCGAAGGUUGUCCACUUCCUGGGGUCCAGGAAGCCCUGGCACUACACCUACAAUCCCGAGACGGGCUCCGUGUGCACGGACGGCGCCGGGGCGCUCAGCCAGCACCAGGCGUCCUUCCUUAACCUCUGGUGGAAGACCUUCCACCGCGGCGUCCUGCCUCUUUAUGAAACUGUCCUGGAGGAGGGCGAGCAGACCCCCCCAGGACACACGGCUCACCUCAGGGGCGCUGGGUCACCCAGUGCAUGUUCAGGGCCCACUGCUGAGGGACCGGGUGUAAGUUCCAUGCCCAGCACCGAGGAGCCGGGUGCAAAUUCUGCAGAAGGGCCCAGCCAGCCCAGGCCUGCCCGGGACCCACUGGAGAGAACCGUGGUGGUGUCAGAGACCCCUCCUUCGCCUGAAGCACCUUCUGCGGAAGAUAUGCUAGGUUGGCCUGAAGUGGAAGCUUCUGCUGGAGAGCUGGGUGACCCUGUGUCACCAGCCUCCCCCCAGUUUGCAGACCUCACAGAGACCCCAACCGGCUCGCAGCCAGCGGAUACGGCCGAAGGCGGCCCCUCUGAGGAAUCCUUGGAACCAAGCCCGGUGCCCCCUGUGGAUGUCACCAGGGAUCCCAGACUCCAGGACGCUUUGGAGGUCGCCCUGGCCGUCUCCGUCUCCGCGCUGUCCAUCCAAGAGAAGGUGAAGGCGCCGAGUCCCGAGGAGGAGCGCAGAAAGUGGGAGGAGGGGCGCAUGGAUUACCUGGGGAGGGACGCGUUUGCCCGCAUUCAGGAGAAGCUGGACCGCUUCCUGCAGUGACCCGAGGGGCCCUGCCCCGCGAGCAUCUCCAGGCCCCGCCCAGGGAAGGCUCUUCCGCGAUGCGCCUCUGCGGAUGGCGAGGCCGCCUGUCCAUCCCGCGGUCCAUCCAGAAGCCACUCGAACGAAGCCCCGCCCACGGGGCCUCGCUGGCUCUCCCGGGACGUCACGUUUCCUUUCCGACGUGAUGUGUCCGCCAAAGGGAGCAGGAAUAACCUGGUCGACCCCGGACACGGUUCUCUGAUCUUGCUCGAAGCAGCUCAGAAAUGCUGCCUCCGCCCCGUGCUGCUGUAUCCAUCCUGCGUAGGGUUAGAUGUCACUGCACAGCUUCUGUCCCAAAGCUCGGGACACUGAUAUAGGGACUGCGAGUCCUGGGAUCCCUCCGCGAGGACAAGCCCUUCCCUUUAAGACAAAGUCAGUGUUCAGUCUUGAGGGUCGCUCUGGUUUAGGCUUUGCAGAACGUGGCUGAGAAACAGCACGGUGUGGUGUCUCUUGCACAAAACCCCACAGGACUUCAAAGGGCCAUUGACAGAGGCCCCGUGUGGAUGAGCCAGCGGUGUUUGGAAGGCAGAUUGCAGCUGCCUGGGGGAGGUAGCGUCUCCGACGCUGGUUUACCUACUGGUUUAGGAGAACCAAGGGUUGACACCGAGGGAUGUGUGAUGGCGGGGACAGGUCACGCUCAGUACCUGGACUUGGAGGGGCUGCCUGUUUCGAGGCAGGUGUGUCCAGGACGCCGGCCUGCCCUCUGCUGGGUCUCACUACCUCUCUUUGAAAUACCGUGAGGCGGCAUCGUGCUCUCCACGCCACGCCAGCGCAGCUCUUCGGGGCCAAUGCUCCGUUUUGUGACACUGGACACUUUAUUCUACCCGAAAGCCUCACCUUCAGAAAGGUCCUCGUCCUGGGAAUGAGAGCGGUGUGUAGGGGUCUCUCUAAGGGUCACCCUCGGUGGCCGUCACAAGGGUAAUUAAAGCUGGACGUCGCCCGCUGUACUAAAGAGAAAGAAAUCUAGUUUUCUUUGGCUGUAGCUGCAGCGUGCCGUAGAUCCCUGGCCAGGGAUUGAACCUGCACCACAGCAGUCACCAUGCUGGAUCUCCACCCCACUGAGCCACCAGGGAACGCCAAGAAAUGCAGUUUUUGUAAUGUUUGAAUGGUGUAUUUGUCAUGUGUGUCCUGUGGAAAGUCGCGAGGGCAUAGGGUUGGAAGAAAGUUGAGGCAGCUGUGGGCAGGGCGUCUGGCCCCAUCGUGUACCCCCCCAGACGAGGCUCGCCCUCUGGGUAAGGGAAUCUUCUUGAAGAUUUGGUGCUCGAUGGGGCAGUUGCUUGUUCGAGGUGAGACCUGUGGAGGGAUUGUUUCUUUUUAUCGAUGGCUGGUGAAUGGUCUGUAGUCCUGGCUGGUUUCACUCAUAUGAUGCAUCAGGGAUAGUCGGAAAUAGCCAUAGCGAUAGAGCCUCGGGUGGGUUGGAUGGGGUAACCCCAGAAUAACCUCAGAGGAACCCCAUCGGUCUGUUCCUGAGAAGGACCGUGUGCGCUCUGGGCCACAGUGUUGGACUAUGACAAACAGAAGUCUGAGUCUGGCAUCCAGAUGUGCGAGAAUUCCAGGCAAUGAACAUUGGAGUCCCAUCCAGCUUCUCUGGGAAGAGGAUGCGUGCGUAAGGGCGAUGACGCACCAGCUGAAGGUGGACGCUCGACCUCUUGUGCCUUCUAGGGUCUGUGCCUUCUAGGGUUUGGAUGACGGCAAAUGUAUUGCAAUUAAAAUUUUAAAAUGGUGA